AUGCUUCCUAUGAGCUGCAUUCUUUUAAUGUGCCUCUUGAGUUCUUUCUCACCCCCAAUCCAAGCUUUAUUUAACCUCACCUUGCCCCACCAACAUUCUUACCCUGAAGCUGUGGUUCAAGAAGUUCAACGGAAAAUCAAUGUGUCACUCUCGAGAAGACAACUCCUCUCAAAGGACCAAGCUUCGUGUCUAACGGGCAACCCGGUUGACGAUUGCUGGCGGUGCGACCCGAACUGGGCCGUGAACCGCCAGAAGCUGGCGGAUUGCGGCAUCGGGUUCGGGCGCAACGCCAUGGGCGGAAAGGGCGGUCAGAUCUACAUCGUCACCGACUCCUCCGACAACGAUCCGGUGAACCCCGUCCCCGGCACCCUCCGUCACGCCGUAAUCCAAGACGUUCCCCUGUGGAUCGUGUUCGCCGCCGACAUGACCAUAACCCUAAGACACGAGCUGAUUUUCAACAGUUUCAAAACCGUCGACGGCCGCGGCGUCAAUGUUCAGGUCACCGGCCACGGUUGCAUAACGCUCCAGUAUGUGUCGAAUGUCAUCAUCCACAACAUCCACGUGCACCAUUGCAAGCCCUCGGGUAACACUAAUAUAAGGGCGAGUCCAACGCAUGUAGGGUGGAGGGGCAUAUCGGACGGUGACGGGAUAUCAAUCUUCAGCGCCCGGAACAUCUGGAUCGACCAUUGCUCGCUGUCUUACUGCACGGACGGCUUGAUCGAUGCCAUAAUGGGGUCCACUGGGAUAACAAUAUCUAACAACCAUUUCGCACACCACGAUGAGGUGAUGCUGUUGGGCCACAACGAUAACUACUUGCCCGAUAAGGGUAUGCAGGUUACGAUUGCCUUCAAUCACUUCGGUGAAGGGCUGGUGCAGCGUAUGCCGCGGUGCAGACACGGUUAUAUACACGUCGUUAACAACGAUUUCACUCAGUGGGAGAUGUAUGCUAUCGGCGGCAGCGCUAGCCCCACCAUUAACAGCCAGGGUAACCGUUACACUGCUCCCUCCGAUCCUAAUUCCAAAGAGGUGACGAAGCGCGUGGAUACGGAGGAGAAUGAGUGGAGUGAUUGGAAUUGGAGGACGGAGGGGGAUAUAAUGGUAAAUGGAGCAUUCUUCGUGCCUUCUGGUGCAGGGCUCGCUGCUCAGUAUGCACAGGCCUCAAGUGUGCAACCCAAAUCCGCCGAGCAAAUUGACCUGCUCACCAUGUACUCCGGAGUCUUCGGCGAUCCCAGGGAUAAUGGGGAUUUAUAUCCCGGUUUCAACGGAGGUGGGACCGUGACCGGAGCCUCCAGCAAGGGCCACAAUGAGGGGUCCAGCGGCGACGAUGGGGACUUCUUCGGGAUGAUAUUCAGAGGUGGUAGCAGCCAAGCAGCACCACCAUUACCCUCCUCAUCCAUUGUAUUUGUUUCAGCUUUUUUGUCUCUUUUAAUUAUUUUCAUUUUGGACACUAUCACCAACCAUGCUUUUCUAUUAUCAUUAUUAUGAUCAUACAAUUGGAAGUGGGAAAGGAAAUUCCUUUGAUACAGAGAAAAAUUAUCAAAAGGAAAAGAAAAGAUUAAAGUUUCUAUAAUUUGUUUUUAAAUUUAGAAAUU